AAGUUUAGUCAGCUUGAAAUGUGAAAAUUGUGGCAACAAGUGAAAAAAUUGUGGAAAAACGUGACAACUUGGAUAUUUGAGUUGACUGAAUUUAAAAUUUUAAGAUAGAACAAACACUUUUUUAAGGAAAAAAUAAAAUAAAAUGUUUUUACAGUGUGUCAACAACUAAAUUCACAAUGUGUUAUUUGCAUUUUAGCAGCUGAUUAUUAGCAUAAAGAAAUGGUUUUUAAAAUGUUAUUAAAAAGUCAGUGAUCAGUGUAUAUUAAGAUUGUAUUGGCCUAUUUAAAAAAUUAAUGGCGGCAAAAAAUCGAAGUCGAGUCGAAAAACAUAAAAAAAAGGUUGUGUAGGUUGUUCAGAAAACCUACAUAAUUUUCUACUGCAUCAGUCACCAUUUCAAGGAAAAAGUUAUUAAAUUACAGAAAUGAAUUAGUGAAGAAUUGCAACUUCUAAGUAAACUGGUAAAUUUACAACCAGUUUGUUUAGAUUUGGAUACUAUGCACUCGAGAUCUGUUAAACUGUAUUUCUAUCUAACAAUGCUCUAUAUAGGGUAAAUUGGGUCAGAAAUGGCCCAGCUGAUGAAUGGUGGCCAAUAACUUCACUAAUAGUAUGCCACUGAUCUCCACGCAACUGAUUUCAUUUGAAACUGAGCUAAAAAAAAAAAAAAUCCCCCCAAAAUUUGAUGCAGUGUACAGAUGAUUGCUUGAAAGAUAUUGAAAUCAGAAUACCUGUUCAAAUAUUUCUUACUGUAUUACAGGCUAAUAACAUGGAAAGUGUUUAGUUGAAUGACUGGGCAUAGAAUGUGAAGUGUGGUGUAAUUAGGUGUAAUUAGUUUAAGGUUUGAAUGAGUUACUGUAAGUGCAGAGAGCUGACUUUUAGAAGCGUGUGAUUGGCUGAUCAAAGCUGUACUUGCAGCAUUUAAUCAACUGAAGUGGAACAGAUUUAAAUAGAUUUAAGAGUGCUAACGCUUCCUAGAAAAGCACCUAACCAAGAUCUCCUAAUGUGAGUGCGUCUUUAGGGGAGUAUUUAAAGGAAGGAGAAGGUUUAGCAAUAGCAGUGAUUCUGAAGGAAUCGAUAAAGUGUCUCAGCUCUUCUUACACUGUAGGUACAUUCAGAGUUUGUGUGUUGUCUGACUUCAUCAUGCAGCAAAUCUACACGCAGAGCCAUGAAGAGUUUGAAGUGUUCACAACUGUGCUGUCUCCUCAAGUUUGUCGAAAGAGAGUGAUAUUCAAGGAUGAAGGAGAAAUGAUGGUUGUGGCAGCAGACUACAGUGCAGACUGUGAUGAAGAGGUGUGUGUGCGUGCUGGUGAGGUCGUGUUGCUGCUGUAUCAAGAGAACGCUGACUGGUGUUACAUCCGACUUCAGAACGGAAAGGAGGGAUACCUGCCUACAGUCUGCUUUUCUCUGAAGCAGGAGCCACUGAGGCCCAUCGUGACUCAGGAGCCGCAGAGCUCAAUGCAGGAGUCUUCAAAUAAUCGUAAUGGCUAUGCAGGGGGGCGCUCUUUGAAACUGCUGCGGCGGGCGUCUCUGUCAGGAGUGCCGGGUUCACCUCGAUUACUUAAGCGGCUGCUCUCUCGUCGACGUAGUGACGGACAUGCAGUUCGUUCGAUCGGCUCCAUAAAUCCAGCAUUUAAUCCUGACUGAUGCAUUCACCCUUAGAGCUCCACUUUUCCCUUUUAAAUGGGUCACCGAGCAGCAGAAACUAGGACAGCAUGACACUAAACGUUCAGUCCGUACGCAGCUCUUUCUUUGUGGAGGAGAUAAACGGAAGUCGGGUGUCCUGGUUAGGGGUUGGGGACUCAGUAACUUGCCAGCUUGUGGAGUUGAAUCUGCUUCUGGUAUCAGGAGUCUUUACUAUUAGGUUACUGGCCCACAUGUAAAUAAAUACUAUAUGUAAAUAUUGUGGUUUUUAUUAAAAUGACAUUUGAAUUUCAUUACACUGCAGUUUUAAUGGAAACAUCACACCCUUCGCCUAAGAAAAUAUUUGCUUGAAUAUAUGUGUAUUUGUUUAGUCUAAUAAUGCACAAAGACUACAAUGAUUUAGAUAUUGUUACAGUGUUUAAAUAUCAAAUGAGUCUGUAUGUAUGUAUUUAUAUAUACAGUAUAUUAAAAUGCUAUUUUAAGAGGUAUUAUAGGGCGAAUGUACAACAUUUCGAUUUUCAUUUUAAACCCUUUUUUUUUGUACGAGUCAUUCAAUUUAAUGUGGAUAGGGGUCCACACACUGACUGAUUGCGUUCUUCAUAUGGAUAAUACAAUUUAUAUUUUAAAAAAACAAACUCAAAUUGAUUUGUGGAACUAGAAGUUAAAUGUUUGUGGUUUGUAAUAAUGGAUUCCUGCCCCUUGAUUUAAUUUUGGAGAAUUCACUUGGAAUAAAAUAAUAAUCUUCUAACCACUGGAGCACUAUUGAGUUCCCUGCAAUGACAUCUUAAUUGAGGAACAACUAAAACUUAUGAAAUAGUCACUACAGUUGUAUUUUACCCCAGUAUGAUUACUGUUAAAUAAUGAAGCUUAGUUUACCCUUGGUGCUGUUGAAUUCUUAGGGGCUAUUUAGCUUUUUUAGUGUGUAGGAGGUUGGCACACAGCUCUGAUUGCUGCUAAAUUUCCUGAAAUGAAAGGUCCUUUUGUAAUUCACAGUCUGACUAUAAUCAUCACUUUAGACAUAACGAGGGCAAAAGUAUAUCAACAGUAAUUAGGUAAUGUGUUACACUUAGGCUCAAUUUGUGAAUGCAUUUGGUAUGAGAGAAAACAAUUUUUUACAGCAGCAUUUAUA